AUGGAAUAUCAGGAUUUCGGUAAUGUUUUGAAUGAUCAAGACGAUAUUAAUGAUUCAAGUGAUGAAGAGAAUUUAUAUAAUACUAGUAGGUUCGAUCCAAAUGAAUCUUUUAGUUUUAUCGAAAACCUAAUGCAAACCGAUUUGUUAGAAUUUUUGGAUUCAGACAAUGAAAAUGAUUCAGAAACAAAUUUUAAUAAAAAAAUUGACAACAUUAUAUUCAAUUUAUAUGAAUCAACAAAUCAAAAAUGUAAUAAUAAAAAAAAAGAAAAAAAAAAGAAACAAAUUUCAUUAGAAGAAUUAAAAAGAAAAAAAUCAAUUUUAAAAAAACGUUGUCAAUUAUUGAAACAAAUUGAAAAAAGAACCGACUCUAUUCUAGAUUUAUAUUUAUCAUAUGAUUUGCUGGAUGAUAAAAGAACAAAGAAAAUGAAAAGAGAACAUGUCAAUCCCAAAAGAAUAGAAAAAAAUUUAAAUAGACCUAAUUUUUCCUAUAAAAUUAAUAAAAAACCAUCAAUAGAUAAUGAAAAAGAAUUAAAAAAUAAAGAUUGGGUUCAAUUGACUGGUUUACCACAACAUAUUUUAGAUUGGUUAUAUAAAAAAAUAGAACCCCAAAUAAAAAAUCAAACUAAUAGAUUAUCACCAAAAUCAAGAAUUCAUUUAUUUUUAACAUUUUUAAAGAUGGGUGCUAAUUCAUAUACAAUACUUUCAACAACUUUUGGUGUUAGUCAAUCAUAUAUUUCAAGAGAAGUCAAUGAAUUGGUUUACAUAUUUUUGUCUUCACUUUACAUUAUUUCUUUAGAUCAAAUUAAUAAAGAUGAAAUAUAUUGUAUUGAUUUUGCACAUAAAAGAGAAAGAGAUAAGGAAGAUUAUCUUAGAUUGGAUGUUGGAGAACCAAGUUUAUCAUCAAAAGUUUUAGUUUUAAAAAUAUCAAUUUUUUUAUAUUUAGAUUAUACAUUUUUCAGGAGUUGCUCUCAAGUUAAUCAUAACUAA